UACACACGCGCAACUGGAUCAGGUUAGUUAGUUCUUCUUCCCAACCGACAAACCGAUCCCAUCUCCUUCUCACUCGCCUCGUGUGGAGGAGAAUCAUCAAAAUUCAAACAUAAUAACUUUCUUAAAAUCUCAGAGAUUCCUCAUAUCUUAAAUCUCACACAAAACGCACACUCUCAAAUAAUUCAGACAACCUUUGUUGCUGUCCCUCAAGUGUUCUCUGCGUAUCCGCCUUCUAUUGUUCUUCAUCGAACUGACCGCUUCUCGUACUCUCGGGCGCAAUCCAAGCGGUGAAGUUGAAGGAUCCAAACCCUCCUUUCAUGUCCUUCAAUUCGGCCUCCAACCUUUUACAGUCACAUGGUAUGUCAUGCUUCUUUUCUGGUGCAUAAGCAGUUCGAUUCGUUUAACAUUCGAUCCCAGCUUGGAUUCUUGUUUUAAGAUAUGACCUUGAUUUGUCGACAACCCAUGUGAAAAAGUCAAGGUUUUUAUGCAGCAUGUGUUGAGUUUAGAUCUUGGGAUGCUGUAGAAUUAGUUUUCAGAUCUGCCAACAUAUAGUUUUUGCUUAGUGGGGUUGUAAUUUCGGAGAAAACUGAGUUAUUUCGAUUGGAAUAUGAUUAAAUUCAAGUCCAGUUUACUAUCUGUGAUGCAAGAUGUGAUUUUGGAAUCUGGAAUUUCUGCUUGUUUGAGAGAAGUAAGUUCGUGUCGAAAAUUUUGAUCUCAGACACUUGGAGGUACCCUGUCGAAAUCAGAAGAGUUGAGGAAUUUGAUUCUGGUGGGGUGUUUUUAUCGAGAUGCAGAACUUGCAAUUGAGGGUUGUGCCGGUGGAGGAAGGGAAGGACGCCGGUGUUAGUAGCAGCCGCCCAAGCCAAACGAAGGCCUUGCCGAUUAGGCUACUGCAGUUAUUCGCGCUGUUUCUGGUUUUCUGUAUUACUUUCUCAGUCAUUAGCAUAUACACAAUUCGGCAUUUUGGAAUCAUUGGCGUGAUGACAACAGUCGCAGCCUCUUUCCAGCCAUGCCUUGAGGAACCAAGAGGUUUGGAUCGAUGGAUUAAGCCGCCAUCAAGUGUUAAACACACCAUGAAUGAUGAGGAAUUGUUGUGGAGGGCUUCAUUUACGCCUAGGAUAAAGAAAUAUCCUUUUGAAAGAGUUCCAAAGAUUGCAUUUAUGUUCUUAACUAAGGGGCCGUUGCCGCUGGCACCCCUUUGGGAGAGGUUUCUGAAGGGACACGAAGGGCUUUAUUCGGUCUACGUUCAUUCACUACCAUCGUUUCAACCCCAUUUUAAUCCUUCGUCAGUUUUUUAUGGGAGACAUAUUCCAAGCCAGGUUGCUGAGUGGGGAAGAAUGAGCAUGUGUGAUGCCGAGAGAAGACUCCUUGCUAAUGCAUUGCUCGACAUAUCCAACGAACGGUUCAUUCUUCUUUCUGAAUCAUGCAUUCCGCUCUAUAAUUUCAGUGUCAUUUACCAGUACUUGAUGAAGUCCAAGUACAGCUAUGUGGGUGCAUUUGAUGACCCCGGGCCAUAUGGAAGAGGACGCUACAAUGACAACAUGGCACCUGAAGUGAGUAUAUCCAAGUGGCGUAAGGGCUCCCAGUGGUUUGAAGUUAACCGAAAGCUUGCCAUCACCAUUGUCGAGGAUACAAAAUUUUACCCCAAAUUUAAAGAGUUCUGCAGACCCGCAUGUUACGUUGAUGAGCACUACUUCCCCACCAUGCUAACCAUUGAAGCUGGGAAUUCUUUAGCAAAUAGAAGCAUCACUUGGGUAGAUUGGUCAAGGGGUGGUCCUCACCCGGCUACCUUUGGAAGAGCGGAUAUCACCGAGGAAUUUUUGAAACGAAUUUUUGAGAGACAACGUUGCACUUACAAUGACCGGAACUCUACAGUCUGCUUUCUUUUCGGAAGGAAGUUUGCUCCGAGUGCCAUGGAACCUCUUUUGCAUUUAGCACCAAAGUUUUUGGGCUUCUAAGUUACAAGUUUCUAACAGAUAAACCCUCAUCCAAUUCGACUUCUGGAGCCAAACGAGCGUGCGAAAUUCGACCGGUGUGUAUUACUCGUUACCAUAAAUUCAACCUCAGUUGUAAUGUUUACUAGUUUGGGGUGUCACUUGAUAGCUCUUUGGCAAAAUAUACUGCUUAAAACAGUAUCAGAUGUACAGAGAAGUAGGCGCCCAAUUUAGCAUUGGCAUUCACAUUUUUGUAUUGAGAAUUUGAUAUCAUACAUACACUGUAUUUGAAAUAACAUUUUCUUGAUUCUGUUUUC